CUCAAUAAUUGAAACUGCCGAUGAAGAAAUUCAUUAGAAAUGAGAUACUAAGAGCACUAUACAAAACAUCUGAAAGCACCAGGCACACCUGGCUACGAAGGCAUUACUGAUGAGGUGCUCAAAAAGCUUCAUUUAUGAUUCUUAAACUUUGUCACUCCCCGGCUUAACGCCUGUUUAACAAAAAGUGUUUUCUCGGCCCAAUGGAAAGUAGCUGAAAUCAUCUUUUGAAACCAAGGAAGCUAUGAGAAGAUGUGAAGUCCGAUCGCUCCCUUAGUCUUCUUCUCGGCAGGAGGCGCGACCGCAAUUAGAAAAUUUAACAAAAUUUUUAUUUAUACUUAUUUAAAUUAAUUUCAUUUCUAAUUUCUGGAAGUUGGUCGAGCUAUAACGUGAACCCCUGGCCUACCGAAUGUCAGUAAGCAUAGCUAAGUCAAGCAGAACGGUUGGUUGGAACGCCUCAAAAGUGGUGAUUUUAACGUCGAAGACAAUGAGCGACCUUGGCCUAACCUAAAAAGUUCGAAGAUGAGGAAUUGGUGGCUUGAAUGAGUCAAAAUCUGUGCCAAACACAAACUGAAUCGCUCGUGAAUCAUUGGAAGUGGCUCAGCAUACAAUUUUCGUGGGGUUAAAACAAUCUGGAUUUAUUCAAAAACAAGAAAAUAGGGUGCCGUUCGAGUUGAAACCGUUAGUUGACGUAACUGCUAUUUGAAAGAUCUCAAAGGUAGGUGAUUUUGCGUCGGAUUGUGACUGGAGCUGAGAAGAGGAUAUACUACGAUAACCCCACGAAGAACAUUUACUAUGUCUAGCCUGGUGAUCUUUUAAGUAUUAUGCUCUGUACAUGGUGACACCAGAUUGGUGUAGUGUACCAAGAGCUGCUAAAACCAGGCAAAACUGUUUGCAGCGAAACGUUAAUUAAUGCAUUUGAGUCGCGAAUUGUGUGAAAAACGACCAGAAACCACCGAACGACAUGAUAGGGUUAUUUCGCAACAUCACAACGUGCGGCUCCGAGUGACUGUAAGUGUCGAAGACUUCGUGUAAAAGCUGAAAUGAAUGGUCAUACUCCAACCGCCGUAUUCUUCAGACCUUACUUCUUCCGAAUGCGUUACGGGUACGGAAGAUAUCGCAAAAUGGCUAAAUAAUUGUUUUGAGGACAGAGAUGAUUUUCGAAAAGCACCUGACAGAUGGGGAAAAAAAAUGGACCGAAUCAAUUUUGACUCCCAAUAGACUCGCGGCAACAAUAACCGAGAGCCAUCAAUCGUUCGGAGGCGACUUAGCAUGCACUGUGGAUCCCUUCAUUUAUUGCAAAACCAUCAAGACGCAAACCAACAGCUGGAGGAGAAUCUCGGCCGUAAAUCGUGAACACGUGCAAGGAUAUUUCGCCGCUUUUCAGUGCGACAAAGUUUACCGCACCCACAGAAGAAAAAAGCAAAUUUCACAGUCUAAACUUUGCAUUGCCUAAAUGCACACAAGCAUGUACACACCCUUUUGUGUAUAUAAAUAUGUAUGUACAUAUAUAUGUGCGUGUCACGCUGAAAAGCCAAGGAGUUGUCGACGACAUACAUACAUAUUUGGGGCGUUUGGGGUGCUGCUGUUAUUUCUGCUAAGGAAAAACUCUGUGCUUGCUAACGGCCGCAUGGAAAAUUGGCGAUAAAAUGAAGCGAAAAAUCGAUAACUGCGACUUCACUGACCGAACUCCAUUCACUGAUUGAUUGUGAAAACGAAAGAUUUUUACAUUUUAACAAAAGAAUUUAUAAUUUUUGGCUUUUUCGCGUUAAAUGGAGUUUUCUCAUUAAGGAAUUUCUUGAAAGAGCAUAUAUGUGCGACGAAUAGUGUGGGUGAUGGCAGCUAGACUAGCAGGCCAUCAUUUUGCUGGGCAGUAUAAUAUUUUAAAUGUUUCUUUCAAGUACUUUGCUGCACUUAAACCCACCUUUUAAUGUAUAAUUGGCUUUUUCUGCAAAACUCAGCAAGUAUACACAUUAAAUUCCAUUAAAAAUUGCUGGGAAAAACAUUGUGUUUGUUUUUUUUUACUGCGGGGCGCGGUAUGCAACAACAAAGAGCCACUAAUCCACGGGGGUGACUCUUUGUUAACUACAUACGCAGCGCCUAGCGACGCAGCGGAGCAUAUUUCAUAUUUUUCCUUUUUUUAAUUUGUUUAAAUAAUUUUUGCUUCAAAAAACAAAAAUAUUAAUUUUAUAUGUAUUUAUCUUUUUUUUUGUAUGCAGACACAACACUUCACUUAUACACAUUUCACCGAUUCUCUUUCUUUUAAAUACACUUCGCACUAACUUUUCCACACAAAUUCGUUUUUUUUUUUUAAAUU